GCGUAUUCGAAUCCGGGAACCGGAUGCAAAAGCAAAGUCUAAAGUUUUGGGAAGUUUUGAAGUCAGUAUGAAGUGAUUUGUAUGACAUAUUGCAAACAAAAGCUUACAGUAAAUAAUGUAAUUAUGUGAACAGGCACAUGGAAACGUGAAAUUGAAGUCAAAUCGCCUGGAAAAGAGAGUAAGUUUAUUCCUAAUUUUCUAGCCGUUAGCGGAGCAGUGCAACCAAACAAUGCCGACAUAACAAGUGCCAAAGUAGCUAUUAAAAGUUGCUUUUAAAUGUUUCCAAUAAUUAUCUCAUGAAGAGCUUCAGAUUAUAAUGUACGUUAAAGACGUAAACGCAUUUGUGUUUAUUAGUUAGCAACGUUCUUUCUUUAGGUUAUGUUAUUUCUACCAGUUAGCUAACGUUUUUCAACCGGAUACUAGUAUGCCGCUUAAUGUGUCCUUAUCUACGAAAUACGUGUUUGCAAAUCGCCGGGUUAGAGUGUAUACUGGAGAUGGAGUUGUACAAUUUGGUUUAUCAAAUAUUUACGCAAGAUCUGUUUAAUUCAGAUGACUGUUACAAAUACGAAAGUAAAAAAUCUAAUAAAUAUCGCAGAAUUUUCUUUGUUGAAAACGACAUGCAGCCUAAGCGUCAAUGUGGUUAAUCAUUAAUCCAAAGUCUGUAUGUCGAUUUCGAACUGCUAACACAAGACGACGCCUCUUAACCCAUAGCUAGUAGUUUAGUGUAGAUCAGAACCCUAUGUUGACAUCCACAUAUGGCCCUUUGGUAGAAAAUCUGCUUUUGUACAUUUGAUUUGAUUUCCAUUGUUUGCUGAAUUUCCCCCUCAACCCACAGUGUAUAUCAACCAAAACAGUGGCAAGGUGUGAAAGUACUGGCAACCGCCAGCUAUGGCAACGCAGUUCAGCAUCGAUGACGCAUUUGUGCUGGAGGGAGAGGAGGAAGGGGUGUCCGAUGGAGAGAAGGAAGGAUGGAAGGGCAGAGAGAAAGACAGAGAGGGGGGAGAGAUGAUGUUCGGUACCCUGUCCUUUGCCAAACCCCAGACUCACCCGUCCUCCACUGUGGCUGGCUCCCCCGACCACAGCAGCAGUCUGAAGUACCAGGUUGAUGCCCCAUCAUACACACACACACACACACGUAUAGACGUAACACACACAAAAGCGAUAUCAGGGUGUAAUGUUGUGUGGUGAUGACCUAACAUUUUUCCUCUUUCUCUCUGCUCGCACAGAAUCUGGAAAAUGAAGACGUCUUAGGCAGCAGUGGCAAUUCCUCUUUCAAUAACUUUUUCAAAAUCAGGUUUGUCUUCAUUGGCGUGUUGUGAUUGCAUCUGGUAUUACCUAGAUGAGAAUGGCACCCUCAAAUGUAAAUGUGUGUUUCUUGUUUUCUAAUUUAUGAUAUCAAUAAAGAUGUAUAACUUUCAAUUUUAUUUUUUCAGUGAUCCUGCGACUCUGUCUUACUGCAGCUCCCAGUGGUCUUUCAGCACCUUGAGUUCUGUCACCCAGCUCUCUGCACACUGCUGCGGGUAAUUAACCACACACACAUACAGUGGGGAGAAUAAGUAUUUGAUACACUGCCGAUUUUGCAGGUUUUCCUACUUACAAAGCAUGUAGAGGUCUGUAAUUUUUUAUCAUAGGUACACUUCAACUGUGAGAGACGGAAUCUAAAACAAAAAUCCAUAAAAUCACAUUGUAUGAUUUUUAAGUAAUUAAUUUGCAUUUUAUUGCAUGACAUAAGUAUUUGAUACAUCAGAAAAGCAGAACUUAAUAUUUGGUACAGAAACCUUUGUUUGCAAUUACAGAGAUCAUACGUUUCCUGUAGGUCUUGACCAGGUUUGCACACACUGCAGCAGGGAUUUUGGCCCACUCCUCCAUACAGACCUUCUCCAGAUCCUUCAGGUUUCGGGGCUGUCGCUGGGCAAUACGGACAUUCAGCUCCCUCCAAAGAUUUUCUAUUGGGUUCAGGUCUGGAGACUGGCUAGGCCACUCCAGGAACUUGAGAUGCCUCUUACGGAGCCACUCCUUAGUUGCCCUGGCUGUGUGUUUCGGGUCGUUGUCAUGCUGGAAGACCCAGCCACGACCCAUCUUCAAUGCUCUUACUGAGGGAAGGAAGUUGUUGGCCAAGAUCUCGCGAUACAUGGCCCCAUCCAUCCAUCCUCCCCUCAAUAAGGUGCAGUCGUCCUGUCCCCUUUGCAGAAAAGCAUCCCCAAAGAAUGAUGUUUCCACCUCCAUGCUUCACGGUUGGGAUGGUGUUCUUGGGGUUGUACUCAUCCUUCUUCUUCCUCCAAACACGGCGAGUGGAGUUUAGACCAAAAUGCUCUAUUUUUGUCUCAUCAGACCACAUGACCUUCUCCCAUUCCUCCUCUGGAUCAUCCAGAUGGUCAUUGGCAAACUUCAGACGGGCCUGGACAUGCGCUGGCUUGAGCAGGGGGACAUUGCGUGCGCUGGAUUUUAAUCCAUGACGGCGUAGUGUGUUACUAAUAGUUUUCUUUGAGACUGUGGUCCCAGCUCUCUUCAGGUCAUUGACCAGGUCCUGCCGUGUAGUUCUGGGCUGAUCCCUCACCUUCCUCAUGAUCAUUGAUGCCCCACGAGGUGAGAUCUUGCAUGGAGCCCCAGACCGAGGGUGAUUGACCGUCAUCUUGAACUUCUUCCAUUUUCUAAUAAUUGUGCCAACAAUUGUUGCCUUCUCACCAAGCUGCUUGCCUAUUGUCCUGUAGCCCAUCCCAGCCUUGUGCAGGUCUACAAUUUUAUCCCUGAUGUCCUUACACAGCUCUCUGGUCUUGGCCAUUGUGGAGAGGUUGGAGUCUGUUUGAUUGAGUGUGUGGACAGGUGUCUUUUAUACAGGUAACGAGUUCAAACAGGUGCAGUUAAUAUAGGUAAUGAUUGGAGAACAGGAGGGCUUCUUAAAGAAAAAUUAACAGGUCUGUGAGAGCCGGAAUUCUUACUGGUUGGUAGGUGAUCAAAUACUUAUGUCAUGCAAUAAAAUGCAAAUUAAUUACUUAAAAAUCAUACAAUGUGAUUUUCUGGGGUUUUGUUUUAUAUUCCGUCUCUCACAGUUGAAGUGUACCUAUGAUAAAAAUUACAGACCUCUACAUGCUUUGUAAGUAGGAAAACCUGCAAAAUCGGCAGUGUAUCAAAUACUUGUUCUCCCCACUGUAUAUGGCGGAGCUGAUGGCCAUACUGUUGGCCUUGCAGUGGGUGGAGGAAGUUAAGCCAGACAGAGUAGUUAUUUGCUCUGAUUCAUGUGCAGUGUUAAUGAGUCUCCAGUCCUUUAGCUCACGUAGCAGACAAGACCUGCUUUAUGAGGUGCUACAUGCUAUGUAAGUAGGAAACACUGCCGAUUUUGCAGGUUAUCAAAUUAUUGUUCUCCCCACUGUACAAACAGUCAUAAGAAUGCAUUUACACUGAACCAUGCCCACAAUAUUGCAAAAGAUCAAGGAUGUACUGACACACUCUCAAUCACCCACAACAAUUGACGAAAACCCUGAUGUUUUCCUCAGGUGGACGUCUCACCCUCUGGUGAAGAAGAACAGAAGAGUGGUCCUCGCUUCAUUCCUUCUCCUCGUCACUGGAGUCGGUAAGUCACACCAUCUCUGCUGAAAGAAAAGACAUCUCCCAUGAUUCUCGUCCAACAGUGUUUUUCACCAAUACAUUCCUAGGGGAACGCGCAAGGUGUGCACAUUUUGUACCAGCCCAGCACUAACACACUUGAUUCAACUAUCCAAAGGCUUGCUGAUACAUUGAAUCGUGUGUGUUAUUACUAGGCUAGAAAAAGAAUGUGCACAGCCCAGGGAUGGGCUGGGGAACACUGCUGUCACUGCACUGCAGUCUAACAUUUUAGUUUGUGUACGGCGCUUUAUAUUUUAUAGAUAUGUCUUGUUUUUUACCACCCAUUGUCAGCCAUUGUAAUAUAUUCAUGGCACUGGACUUUUCCUCUGUGUUCUCAUAUCUCUUGUUAGUUAUCUUGAGAUAUUGCCAUGUUUUUUAAAUUUCCAUUUUUUCUUUCUCUCAGCUCUCAUUUUCACUGGUGUCGUAAUACAAUUGAAUCCGGAAGCAGGUAAGCGAUUCGGUGAACGUGGGGUGUGUUGUCACAUUUCUUGGUUGUUGGUAGUCUUUUACUAUGGGCUUUGACAAGGUGAUCUUUGACCUUUUCCACAGGUGUCUCAAGUGCCAUUUUCUUCAUCCCUGGAUUUCUUCUCUUCAUUCCUGGGGGUAUAUAGUGCUCUUUACCUUGACUUGGUUGUAUUGUCAAUGUAUUUCAUGUUUCACACGUCUUUCACCCUUUUCUCCUGUCUUUUUAAUCAUAACGUCUGGAAUGUAAACUUAAACAGUCCUGUAAUGGUCUGUAGAAGUCCCCACUGUCACAGACUUAUCACUGUGGAUGUUGAUACAAGUAAUCUGCAGAUGAAAUGACACACAGGCAUUACAAAAGCGUCACGGUUUACAACAUUUGCAUUACUAUGGCUUCAUAGAGGUUUACUAUAGAAAUUAUUAAAACAGUGUGGUAAUUGUUUUCUCUCCAUUUCCCUCAGUUUACCAUGUGAUUUACAUCAGCUGUGCGGUUCGGGGAAGAAGAGGCUUCAAGUUCUUCUACUUGCCCUAUUUUGAAAAAUGACCCAUUGCACUACACCUCCUUUUUUUUGGUCCAAUUUCCAGAAUAAUACUUUUUUUCAAUUAUGUAACAGAAAGAUAUUGUCCCAUGGACGUUUUUUCUUAUUUUGUAAAACCAUUUUUACCCUGUCUUUAUACUGACCACUACUACGAACUCAACCACUUUGUGCCUCGAUAAGCUUCCUGCACAUCCUGUAUGGAGGAGAAGGAGUCUGAUUUGCCCUGCCUGUGUUUGUCAUGUCUCAUGAGUAAAUAAUGACUGUGAAACUAAAAUAAACCUGUUUUUUUUUGUUGUAUAUUACUUUUAAAA